AUGACAUCAAGAAAGCUGGCGCACUAUUUUCAUGCCCAUACAAUAGUUGUGUUAACCGAGUUCCCGCUUAAGGUGCUUUUUGAAAAGGCAGACUUCAACGGAAGAAUUUUGAAAUGGGCCGUGGAAUUGGGGCAAUACGAUAUCAAGUUCCGCCCGCGCACCGCAAUCAAGGCUCAAGCUCUUGCAGACUUUGUGGUGGAAUUCGCCCCUGGAACGCAUCCAGUUUGCCCGGUUGAUUUGGCUGGUGCGAACUUAGCACAGCCCACGGUUCUGGCGAUAAAAACGAGUGUUAGCUCAAAAGCAGGAGAAGGCCGAAGAGCGACCGCACUAGAAAAGCCGGGUGACUUCUUAGAAUAUGUGCUCAAUCAAGGCAAAGAAAGAGACCAGAAUGAACCGAUCAGAGACUUGAAAUUGAGAAGCUCCCAGAACCCCUCCGAUUGCUGGAAGCUGUUUAUUGGCGAGAUGUGGAAGCUCUUCGUUGAUAGGGCAUCCAACAGGAAUAGAGCCGGGCUGGGUAUCGUACUGACUUUAUCGGAUGGGCUGAUUAUCGAGCAGGUAAUUACACUCGGCUUCUUAGCAUCCAAUAACGAAGCGGAGUAUGAAGCCCUCCUUGCCGGGCUAAGAAGCGCAUUGAGAAUGAAGGCGUCAGCCCUGAUGGUAUUCAGCAAUUCCAAGCUGGUGGUCAACCAGGUCUCGGGGGAGUAUGAGGCAAAGGACAAAAGAAUGGCCAAGUAUCAGGCGCUGGUACGCGCAAAGAUCAAGAAGUUCGCUGCAAUAAGGAUGGAGCAAAUUGACCGCGAGGAAAACCGCGCGGCUGAUGAAUUGGCCGGACUUGCAUCUGCUCAGACAGCUUUUCCUAACCCCUUGAUGAUAGAAUUUUUACCUCGGCCAAGCAUUGAGGAACCGAAAAUGACCGAGGUGCUCUGCGCCGACUUGGGUCCUUCCUGGAUGGACCCCAUCAUCGUCUUCCUGAAAGAUAGAGUUCUACCAGAAGAGAAGAAGGCGGCCAACAAGAUCCAGGCCAAGUCAGAGCGGUUUUGGCUCUCCCCGUCCGGAGCCUUGUAUAAGAAGUCUUUUACCGGGCCGUAUCUGAAGUGCGUUCACCCUGCUAAGGUGAAAGCCUUCCUUUAUGAGAUCCAUGAAGGCAUCUGCGGCAGCCAUACUAGGGGUAGGUCACUGGCUUACAGGGCAAUUUCCCAAGGUUAUUGGUGGCCGUGCAUGCAGGCAGACGGGCAGAAAUACGUUCGUCGAUGUGAAAAGUGUCAGAAAUUUGCUCACCAGAUCCACCAUCUAGUGAGAGAAUUGCUCCCCCUUACAAGUCCUUGGCCGUUCGCACUCUGGGGAUUGGAUAUAGUGGGGCCACUCCCAGCAGCCCCGGGCAAUCACAAAUUCUUCAUCGCUGCCACUGACUACUUCACCAAGUGGGUUAAGGCCGAGCCACUGGCGACCAUAAAGGAAAAGGAUGUGAAGAAGUUUAUCUGGCAAAAUGUUAUCACUCGCUUCGGUAUACCCAAGGCCCUCAUCUCGGAUAAUGGCACUCAAUGCGAUGGGAAACUUUUUCGCGGAUUUUGCGAAGAGCUGAAGAUCAAAUUCUACAAUUAA